AUGGGCUGUGGCGGGAGCCGGGCCGAUGCCAUCGAGCCGCGCUACUACGAGAGCUGGACCCGGGAGACCGAGUCCACCUGGCUCACCUACACCGACUCGGACGCGCCGCCCAGCGCCGCCGCCACCGACAGCGGCCCCGAGGCGGGCGGCCUGCACGCGGGGCUUCGAAAACCAGAAUCCCAGAACCUCCCCCCCCUCCCCUCGCCCCAUCACUAG